AUGUCGCACCCAAAUACUUGCUUUUUUGGUCAAUUACAUGUAUGUGUUGCUUCUGGUGUAGAAGUUUCCUUAGCUCUAACAGAACGGCUCGGCAGUCCGCAGGGGCAGCCGCAGGCGGGGUCGCCGUCCACGCCGGGCCCGGCCAGCAACGGCACCCACACCAUCACCAUCACCUCGGGCAAGCACCGCAACCGCGGCUGGAGGGACUGGCGGAAGGACGACCCCACCCGGCACAACUCGCUGUGGAAGAGCGUGACCCCGCUGGGAAACGCCGAGAUGUACAUCGUGUUCGCGCUGCUCAUCGGGCUGGUCACGGUGGUGAUCGGCUGCUGGCUGUCGGACAACUGCUGGUCCCCGGAGCCGGAGAUCAUCCUGCCUGCGUAGCAGAAGUCGCGGGCCGUGGCUGCCGUGGCCCCCCUGCCCCUGGCGCUGCCCUGGGCCGCGCCCUGGACCUCGGCCUGCCUCGGGCCCCGCGCCGCCUGGGCGGCCUGGGCCAACCACCACCACCCCCACCCCCUCCAUCCAGUGGGGCCCCAGGCCGGCAACCCCGCCGGCGCCGGCCUCUGCCACGGCCCCGAGGGCAGCCCCCACGGCCCGCCCUGCACCCCGCUGCUCGUGAUGAAGAGGCCCACCGUGAGGAAGUUCCGGUCCAGGCCGAGGCCGCCCUGGCCUUGGCAUAGCAAGCGAAAGCGCGGCCCCGCCGGUCUCGCCGCCCUGCUCAGGGCCCACCUGACCUCUCCGGGGCCGGAGCCCUCCCGGGGGCGCCCCGCUGCCGGCCCCCGCCUGCGCUCGCGCUGGUCGCGCUGGUCCCGCGCGCCCCGCGCCCUGUCGCAGUUCAUGCUGGCGCACGCGGCCGCCGGCGCCUCGGCCGGGGCGGCGCUCUCCGACCUGCUGGCCGACCUGCGGGACGCCGUGAGGGGCAUCGUCGCGCACCUGCUGCCCGCCGCCCGGCCGCGCCUGCCUCUGGCCGCGCUGCCGCCGCCGGCCGCCGCCCCUGCCGCCGCUGCCCCCGUGCCGCACGCCGUGUGCCGCUCUAGGGGCAAGGUGUGCCGCGCGGACCGCACCUCCUGGAUCGUGCCUCGCCGCUGGAAGGGUGCGUCUGCACCCAGACCCGCCGCCAGGCUCACGGCCUGGAGGGUCACGGCUGCAGUACCCGCGCCUGCCGCUGCGCACUAGACCGUCAUCGUGGACAUUCCUGCUGCGCAGCAGCUCGAUCAGAUAUUGUGUCUGGAAGAAAAGAGACAAACCCGACAAGAAUUUCCCGUUUUUUCGCGGAAAGGACUGGCAUGCGUCGGAUCCUCUGUGCGAAAUAAAGAACGCUUAGAGUUUCGGUGGCCAGUCUUGGCUGCAGUUA